AUGCUCAUUGGGUCCAACUCCAGCUUCUCCAUGCCAUCCACCUUCCUGCUGAUCGGCAUUCCUGGAUUAGAAGAUGGCACUCUAUGGAUCUCCAUUUCAUUCUGUGCUAUAUAUAUUGUGGCUAUUGUUGGAAACUGUAUAAUACUAUAUGUCAUCAAGACAGAGAAAAGUCUUCAUGGCCCCAUGUACUUCUUCCUCUCUAUGCUAGCUCUCAAUGACGUGGUCUUCUCCAGUUCCACUGUGCCACAGAUGCUGAGCAUCUUCUGGUUUGAUGCUGGUCGUGUAGAUGCUGUUAGCUGCCUCACUCAGAUGUUCUUUGUUCAUUCAAUUGCUGUGGUUGAGUCAGGCAUACUUACAGCCAUGGCUUAUGACAGAUUGAUUGCCAUCUGCUUCCCAUUGAGAUAUAUGUCCAUUCUCACCAAUGUCUUACUGGGAAAGAUUGCCACAGCCAUUGUGGGUAGAGGAAUUGUAAUCAUUUUUCCCAUUCCGAUUUUGGUGGGACGGCUGCAUUUUUGUACAGAGAAUAUAGUGUCCCACACAUACUGUGAUCAUAUGGCUGUGGUUAAAGUGGCAUGCGGAGAUACCAAAAUUAAUUAUUUUUAUGGUCUUGUGAUCUCUCUUUUUAUUACUGGCUUUGACCUCGCAUUCAUCAUACUUUCUUAUGUUAUGAUUUUACGAGCUGUCCAUAAACUGCCCACUAGGGGCGCUCGUCGCAAGGCUCUGGGCACAUGCGGAUCUCACGUUUCUGUUCUUACAUUUACAUAUUUCACGGCAAUAUUUUCCUUUGUCACUUAUAGGUUUGGACAAAAUACAAUUCCCCAUAGUGUGCAUAUCUUGGUAGCAAAUAUCUACAUAUUAUUCCCAGCUCUCUUGAACUCUCUUAUUUAUGGGUUGAAAACAAAGCAAAUCAGGCAGAGAGUGCUGCGAUCUGUUACUCAUAAUAUCAGCACCUUAAAACCUCAGAGGUAA